UUUAUUUUUUAGAUUGUUUUUUUUUUUUUUUUGUAAAAAAAUUGUGGCAAUAUUAACGUACCCUGGGCCACUGUGCUGCCGCUGUAGUGCUUACCUGUUGCGCGAACGUCUUAAAUUCGCCUUUUCUUCGAAAUAGAUUUGUUUACCAAUUUCGCCUCGAAAUUUGUUCUUCGGCAUGCUUCAGAAAAAAAAAAAAAAACCCAAGUAAAAAACAGAAAACACACAACACGUCGCAGCAACAACAAUGCCAUACAAAUCAGUGACAUUCACAGCAGCCCCAGCGGCAGCAUAAUAUUAAGUGAAAAUUGAGUGAAAAUAAAAAUUCUGUUAUUUGCAAAACCAAAAAAAAAAAAAAUUAUUUGUCGCCUGAUUUUCUCAAAAAUAUACAAUAAAUUUAGUUUUAUUCCAAUGGACUAUAUUAAAAAGCUGCUGCUUGCUGACGCUCCGUUCGUUCCAUUCGCUUGCUUUUAGUGUGUUUAACGUAUUGUUGUUGUUGUUGUACGAGUGUUAUGUGCCUGUGACUUUUGCUUUGACGGUCGCAAACAUUUUGUCAUUUGUCGGGUUGCUUGUUUUUGAAAACAAAAAAAUUACAUCUCCGUCUGUCCUUACAUUUGGUUUUUAUUGUUUUGCGCUCAUUUUCGGUGCGCUUGCUGUUGUUGUUGUUGGAACACGGCAAUCACAACAACAACAACAACAAUCGCCGCCUGCUUCGUCGUGUUGUUGCUAGCGAUGCCGCCAUAUGUGGUGACACCAAGUGGCAGCAGCAGCAACACCCAUUGAUAUCGGCGACAUUUGGCUGGCGCAUUCAGUCGAUCGUCGCUUUUGAAACGCGCCGCGUCGCCUUUGUGAAGUGCUUCAAAAAAAAGUCUCAAGAUAUACGAGAAAGAAGAACAAGAGAAAAUACAGUAAAAAUUUACAGAGCAUCAGAUGUGUAAAUGCUAACAAACAAAAAAAUCAAAAUUGGUGCGCCCAAUUCUUGUACGCGUUGAAGGACUUUCGUUGACAUUUGGUUUUUGGCUGCAGUUGCCGAAACUUUCUGCAAGAAUUUCGUGUGGGUUUUUGUUUUUUUCUACUCGCUGAAUUUUCAACUUUUUACUGCCUGCCUUCGUGUGUUUGCGCCCGUGGCUUUUGUGGUGUGUUGGUGCGGUGCCGCUGCGCGUCCAUGUGUGUGUGUUGCCGUGCACAAAUUUAGCGGCUGUGACAUUGAAAGAAGAAAAUAGAAAUACAAGUUUAAAUGACAAUUGAAAAUUCGCAAAAAUAAAUGCUGUGCAAAAAACCAGAGUACAUGCAUAUAGUAUACGUACAUGUGGACAUGCAAACGCCUUGUGCGGAUUAAUAAAACCUCAAUUAAGACAAUAAAACUCACUCAAAACUAAACAAAAAAAAAAAAAAAAUUAUAUGCAAAACAAGAAAUUGAGUGUAGCAAUGAAAAGUGUUUAAAAAUAAUAUAGUUUUCUAUUUAAAAAGUGAUAAAAGUGCGAAAACAACUAUCCAUAACGACACACAGAGCAAAAAAUAUUUACAACAAAAGAUUCUUAAGCAGAUAAGCUGAGAGAAAAUAAAUAAAUCGCGUUAAUAACAGGCAUUAAAUUAUACGCGCGAGAAGGAGCUUCAUUUGACAACGGGGCGUAACAACCAUCAAAAAGCAAAAUUUUCCAAAAGCUCACCCCAUCAUCGCUAGAACCAAACGUAAUUGCAGUUGCAUCUCUUCUCAACGCAUACCUUUUUACCUGACAGCUGGUCGUGCAUCUCAUUUAGGCUACCAACCAGCGUACCUAGUCACUUAAAACCUCCAGUCAGCAGAGCUUCCUUGCACUCACACACAUCAACACACACACACAACCAUCGAAAAUGCCGCUGUUACGCACAAACUCCAGAGCGACGCAACUGCCACUAACCUGCGCUUUUUCACUGCUGCUAUGCGCACUGCUCAUACAGGCUACGCCCACGCCCAGCGCAGAAGUGUCGAGUAAUGUGAACGACACAAAACCAGACAACUGCCCCGCUGACUGUGAAUGCGUUUUGGCGCGGCAUACACAUUCGCACUUCCUGCAUGCCAAAUGCUCGAGUUUGGAGGGUUUGCGCUCGUAUGCACCCGAAGAAGACGCACUGCCCAUACAUUCGUUGGAUUUGUCUUAUUUGAAUUUGAAACGCUUGUCGCAUCCGCUGGAGAAACUGCCCGAUGUGACAUCGAUUGAUCUCUCGCACAAUGAGCUGCACGAAAUCGGACAUCUAGGACGUCGCAUUAAGAAGCUGAACCUCAAACACAAUCGCAUUACGUCAAGCAAAUUAACUAAGUUGCCGGCACAUUUGCAGGUGUUGAACUUGCAACACAAUGAUAUCACCAAUUUACCAUUGGAAUUCAAACGUUUGUCGAAUUUGGAGACACUCGAACUGAGUCACAAUCAAAUCAACUGCUCUUGUGAGACAUUGGAAGUGCGCAAUUGGCUGCAGGAGCGUCAUGUGUUCAUGGAACAUGCCAUCACUUGCACAUAUCCCACAGAGGUGCAGGGUAAGCCAUGGUUGCAGGUGAAACAAUCGGACAUUUGUGCGCGCGAAAAAAGUGGGCGCCUACUCGAUGAGGAGGACAAUGAGCUGAUGAUGGGCGAUCAACCAGUCGAGGGUUCGGGCGAUCAGGACGAUGAGGAUGAGUUGGGCAAGGCGUUCAUUCCACUCGACAAGGCAAGCACUGUCAAGACAAGCGCGGUGCAAUUGGAUGCAGUUGAAGGUUCUGGCGAUUUGAGUGAUGUGAAUGCACCAGUCAAUUUGGUUAUGACCACACUCGUGCCAGCCGUGGAGAGUUCGCAAGAACAGGUUACAACAGAUGCGCCACCACUGCCGAUCGAACAAGAGGAGGAUGAAGAAGAUGGUUCCGGUAGCGGUGGUGGUCUACUGAUUAUACCCAACAUUGCACGCGGUCACUUCAUCACCGAUGAUUUCGAGGCGCCCGAUGAUGAUGACACUGACGACGCAUUCGACAAUAAGCCACUAGAGCAGCCCACUUCAGAGGAGAAGGAGGAGUCACAUAAGCAUGCAGAGGAUAUAUUCGGCGUUGGCAUGGGCAUUUUUGAUACCGACGCCAAUGGUGCUGAGCAAACCGAGGCACCCACCGAAGUCAAAGCAGAAGCGCCGGUUACAGAAGAAGUUAUCGUGCCCAUCGUACAACACAAUGCUGAGUCGGAGAAUGUGCCCGAUGUAAAUACCGAGGGAUACUCGAGUGGAGAAGCCAGCGCCAUUUUAACUGCAAAUGCGGGCGGUGAACCCAAAGAUGAUAGUAGCGCCACCUACUUCUUGUUGGGUGUGCUCGGUCUCAUUGUUGUCGGCUUGAUACUCUUUGUGGGCAUCAAGCGCUGCAAACACAAUCGUAAUGCCGCACACGAUGCCGAAAAUCCACGUCAAACCGAACUACUCGACAUGGACAAGAAGAAUCUGGGCAAACCAUUGCGCAACGGCAACGAGCAUGCACCACUUAUCGGCGAUCAAACCAAAUUGGACCUUGCGAAACCGAUCAACGGCACCGGUCAAAAGAAACCAUACGAUGCGAACGAUGUGAAAGAUGGUCCCGGUCAACAGCAACCACUACUCAAGGGCAGCAAUGGUGCAGGAGCCAACGAACAAGUGGUGAACAAAGAAAAUGCGCCACCAGCCACAGAAGCAACUGCACCACCACACGAAUAUCAUCCCAUCACACCACGUUACCCCACACCAAAGUCGCCACGUGCCUCCAAGUAUGCACAAUACCCACCACAGGGUACCGAGCACAACAACAAUAAUGAUGAUAGUUAUCUGCCUUCGUCGCCAAAAUCAGGACGCUACUCGCCAGUGUAUUCACCCGAAACGGGACGCGUCAAAAUCAAAUUGACCGAAACACCACGUCCCAAAACACCAAUGUUGGUGACACGCAGCAAAUCGAAUGCGGGCGAUAUCAUAACGACGCCUGUAGUGGCGACGAACGGCAUCGACAACACUCUAACUGUGCCCGGCAUACAUGCGCCCACAGCGACGUUGGUGAAUGGCCACUAAGCGGUGUGGUGUGACGUGGCGCAGCGCGGCGCGGCGUGGUGCAGUGCUGUAAAUGGGUAGGGACAAACUGACUAACCGGCUGGGGCUGAAUGCGAGUACUGUAAACGGUGCUAUCGAACUAAAAUAACUAAAAAUUAACAGAAAUUUACAAAAAAAAAAACAUUUACAGCGAGAGAAGAAAUGCAAAUUGUGAAGCUUUUAAGCUUUGAAAGAAAGCGUGCGAAAAAAUUACAAAUACAUUUAGAGGUAAGGUUGUGAGAAUUGGUUAGGGAGAUAAUGCGGAAAAAGUUUGUGAAAUAUUAGCAUAUCGAAAUUCACUAUGUGCGAGUUUACAUAUGGGAGGCUUGUGGGGUUUGUGUGCGGUCUUUUACCAUCCAUUGUCCCUUACAUAGUGAGUCAAUUACUAUUUGAUACCUGGUCAUGAAAAGCAAUUAAAAACACAAUUCUGGUCUAAUGUGAAGCUGUGCUAUUGUAGACGAGUCUAUUGAUUUUCCUCUCAGUCACUCACUUUGAAUUUCCUACUUGAACUUUCCAAUGAAAGCAACAACGUUGCUUGCUUUGACCAGGCCAAAGUGAUAUCGAUUAUACAAAUACAACAAUUUGUUGGCUUACUAUGAAAUUACAGCUGAAGUAAGAGGAGAAAAGAAGAUACAAAUACUCUCACUUUGACAAUCAAUCAAAAAACAGCUGAUAAAACAGCACCAGCUUCUAUAGAUUUGACUUGGAUCAGCCCAUACUUUUAGUGAACAAAUGCGCGAAAAUUCAACGCAACGUAGGCAAAAGCAGAUGAGAUGUGUGAGAGAAUUGAGAGAGGAAUCAUAGACAAGGAUGAUAAAUAAGAAAUAUUAUAUGAAAAGUUAAGUUAGGUUAAUGCGAGUAAGGAAUAUAAAAGAAAGGUGAAUAGAGAGGAACAGCUGUUUAUAUAUGUCAACAAAAAAACACAAAUUAAACAAGCUUCUCAAAUUACAUCAACUCAACUGUCACUCGCGUAGCCACAACGCGAUACUCAUCAGCUCAACUGCUAAUACUGUCAAAUCCACUGGCACCCGACCCGAGUAGCGGUGAAGCGAUAUGCGUAACUCAUCAUCCCUGCUAAAGAGAAUACAGAGGUGACGACGUCCGCGCUAUGAGAAUGUGACAGAAGCGGUUGAUUUUGUGACGUAUUAGUAUACGAUUUCUAAUCACUUGCAGGCAAAGGAAAUCCCCGAGUGAUUUUUUUGGGCAAGAAAAAGCUCUUCAUAAAAACCAUAUGGCGUUCAGAAGCGGUAUAAAACUAUAGAUCUCUCCAGUUGUGGAAUAAUAUCAAGCCGCAUACCUCAAAUAGGAGUUGGAGUUUGGUUAAUCAAUUCAUUAUCAUUCUUGUUUCCAGAAUUUUGCUACGCGGUACUUCAUUUUUAUUAUUUUAUUGAAAUAUCAAAAUAUUCACUAAUUCAAUCAAAAAUAAGUAACUUGGUAACAAAGGUUUGUUAGUUUAUUUUCUAAAGGUCUCAAGAAAUAGCCGAUUCUCUCAAAUUCGCCAGUAACAAAGUAUCGCCACCUUUUUUUUUUAUUUGUGGUGGCUGAGGUAAGGUUCCAAAUAUGCCGUCGUCUACUACAACGAGCGGUGUGACCACUAAAACAAUCGCUCCUCCUCUUCUAAAGCGACUCUUUUCACGGAACUACUCUCUGCGUUACUUCAGGAGGCCCCAAAACGACGUCCUUGAUAUGGGCCUCUUCUAUACGCCCACGUCUGGGUUCACCAAUGCGUGUAGCCAGCUUCACGCUAUAGCUUCGUCUUGUUAUGUCUCUGUCUGUGAGGCUUCGCUUUGUUGUAUUGCGUCGAGGUCUAUCCGUGGUCUUUUUCUCCGUAAUACGCCAUCAACGUUUCUUUUAACUGCAUUCCUGUUAUCCGCGCGUUCAAGCAUUAGUCGAUUAGUUGGCGCAAUGCCACCAAUCUCCUCCCUCAGAGCUCCUCUUUCCACGCCAUUUGUUGCAAUGUUCGUUCACGUCUGGGUCCACCAAUGCUUGUAGCUAGCUUCAUGCUAUUGAUUCGUCUUGUUAUGCCUCUGUCUGUGAGGCUUCGCUUUGUUGUAUUGCGUCGAGGUCAAUCCGUGGUCUUUUUCUCCGUAAUACACCUUCAACGUACCUUUUAACCGCAUUUCUGUUAUCCGCGCGUUCAAGCGUCUUACCGAUCACAUUGGUCAGCGCUAUGUCGCCAAUCUCCUCCCUCGGAGCAUCUCUUUCCACGAGCCAUUUAUCGCAAUUAAAGCACGUAUGUUAUGGGCGUCAUCGCUCGGUGCUUCGCAGUAUAUGCACUUAGGUUCGCUUACCCUAUCUAUGCGGUAUAGGUAUUCGAGAAGUAUCCAUAGCCCGAGUGGAACUGAGUCAUGAAAUAGUCCACUUACCCAAAGUUCCUUUGAACCCAUUUGCUUAUUGUACAAAUCAGCUUCGCCAUCCAGCUGCUACUCGAUUAAGUGCUCCAUCGGCUUUAUCACCGCUGCAUGGUUUGGCACCUUUGCAGGCAAUCUUCUUUACGCUCUCACACGUGCCUCUCUAUGUAAACUCGUCCUAAGGUGUGUAUUAGUAUUUACAAUAUUUUAUAAAAGUGUUUUUUUUUUUUUUUUUUUUGUUUUUUGCUGUUAUUACUCUACUCAAAGCGUUAUGGCAGCAUCGUUUCUAAACUUCCCGCUUAACGUUGCGAUUUCUCAUACAACCACCCACCCAUAAUAAACCACCCGUAAUAAACCAAACAGUAGGAGAAAAAUGUACUUUGUAUUCAAUUUAUGUGAGCUCAAGCUGUGAGUGUUCGCUAAAUUUUAAGUCUCUUUUUCGUGGUACACCUUUCGCGACAAAUCAACUAACUCAAUACUGAGGCCUACGCAUAGAUUUUUACAGCUAAGUUUUAAUUAGAAACCCAAAAACAUGAUUGAGGAAGGAAAAGCAAAAAUGUGCCAGGGAAAUGUGCCUUAUAUAUAGAAUGGGUUUUUUGGAGUAAAAGAAAAAAAAAAUGAAGCACUUUAUAAAAAACGUGGGUAGUGGAACACCAUAUUUGCUAGACCCCGAAAAAAAACUAUUUCGCAGAAACAUAGAAUAUUUUGAAGGUGUGCCUAGAAUUAUCAAUAGAAACAAAAAAACAACAAAAUGUUGACAGAAAAUUAUAUUUUCAGCGAGAAUUUGAAACUAUGUCGAAGAUCAUAAAAAUGCAAGAAGCUGCAGUUAUCGGUCCAUUCCGCUAACAAAGUACGACUUGGAAAUUUCACCAACAAAAACUGCAAUUUCAACUACUUAGAAUCAAUGAAGAAAAAAAUCGUUUAUGUGUAAUGAAAUUUCUUUACCGAUCCAGUGCACCACUGAGCUCAAAGCAGAGGAGCCGACUACAGAAAAAGCUUUCGUGUGGCGAACAUUUGUGACCGACCGCGUUUUGUAAGCCGAACGACCCAGCAACUGAACCUUCAUGUGUUUAUGCAUUCUUUGACUAUGGCUUACCCUAGCGGGAGUAAGCAUGAAAAUGUGAGUGUGUAAUGGAAGCUAUGAGAAAAGAGGCCUCUUCUAUUCGCCAUCUCGCCCGCUCGAUAUCUCUAUGCUCAAUUGAGUUGACGAAAAUUUUGCAUGCGAAAGCAACAAUUUUGUGUAGGAUUCAUGUAAGCGAGUAAGGCUAUAGCGCAUUAGGCCGCACUGCCUUACCAGCACAUGGAAUUUAAGGCGGCGCUCUUCUCGCGUUGCCGACAUUUGUUUCUUUGUAGCUGUUGCUUCAUCUAUUCGCCACUUGCUUACUCUUGGCGACAAGAAGAAGAGGCCUAAGGUUGUGUUUUUAAGAUUUCGUAAUUUAAAAAUGCAUUAUUUUAAUUAAAAAACGACUGAAAACACUCUACAUGAAAUACUUUUCUAUGUAAAUCAAGCUUGGUGGAAGUAAACAGCUUGAUGGGCUUUUUUUUUGUUUUUUUUUCUCAGUCAGCCGCUACACUAACAAAUUUCUCUCUCAUGCAUGCACGCCUAUAUUAACCAAAUUACAACAAGCACACCAUCGGGUUGCGUUUUAGUGAGAGAGAGGGUUUAGUCGAAAAAUAUAAUAUCUCCAGCCCUACCAUACUACGGUGCCUAGCUGCGUUCAAGAAUAAGCCAACUGUUGAAGACAAAACUAACGAAAUUCGAGUUAGAAAAGCAACAAUGUAAUGUGAUAGGUUAAUUACAUACCUAAAUUAUUUAAAUAAUAAAGCAUUAAAUAUGGUUUCUCUUUUGUUUAUUAAUUAAAGUAAACACAAUUUUAUAAUAUAAAGAUUUAUACAAAUAUUAAAUAAUAUAUUUACGCUUGUAUAAAGGAAAGAAGAGAAAGAAAGAGAGAGAGAGAGAGAGCGAAAAAUAAAAUAAAAUCAUUGUGAAAAUUUUGUAUUUAAAGUGAAAAAUAAUUUAAUA